UGCAAGAGAUAUUAUAAAGAUAUUCUCAGUAUCUUAUGUAUAUUGCGUAGAUUAACAGUAUGUGUACAGAAUAUUCGAAAUGAUAUCAUGUGCUGUGUGGGUUAGUACUACCUUUUCUAUUGGUUCUGUGAUUAUGAUUAUGCGAAUGUAACUUUACUUUAAAAUGUCGGGCGGCAUCGAUUUGAUUAAUUUCAUCUGGCAAACUUUUUGAUAAUUUUGGAAAAUGCCGUAUUGUGUAAUCCCAAAUUGUGGAUCUCGGCGUGGAAAAAAAAAAUAUGAAGCAGAAAAUUAUGUUAGUUUAUUCACACCUCGCACAGUAAGUAUAAAGAACUGACGCAUAUCACUAUAAUAACAUAUAUCAUCAGCAUUUCACUCUGUUAGUGUCGAUUUUUACAUAAUAUAUAUGCGUUUUAAUAUUAUUUGUUAUAUUUAUACAGAAUGAUAUGUUAUUGACAUGGCAACAGGCAAUGGACCGUGCUGGAAUAUGUGUUACGUUACGUAAAUGUAGUCACGUUUGUGAAUUGCAUUUUCGACAGGACGAAGUCGAAAAAUAUUUCAUCACUAAUUUACCAAAUGGAAAUAUUUUCAAAUUGUUAAAAGAAAGGGCGACUUUGAAAAAGGGGCUGUGCCUUCUAUAUUAAUGAAGCAACAAAUUCUUGCAGAGAGCACGUUACUGUCGAGUAACAGACUUCCUGAUGAUAAGCAAGAAAAUUAUUGCCAAUCUGUAGCCAAAGAUUACUCUAUUAACAAGGAUAAUAAUAAUAAUAAUAUAUGUGAUGUUGAUUUCGUACACUCUAUGCAAUCACCACCGAUGCAUCGCAAUUCUAUUGAGGAUUUUCUGGUGAUACGAGACAAAGUGGAUACGAUCCAGCUUCCAACGCAACAGUGGUUUUCGAAAGUUUUUCCUGAUAAAGUCUGUUGGACAAAUUGGAACGAUCCUUACAACACUACAGUCCGUGUAACAUUAUUAAAAGAUAUGACAAUUACGGUAUUUAUCGAAGACAAAGAGGUGCAUGUAACCGAAUUGGAAGAAAUAUCUAGCAUCGAGGAAAUGUUCGAUGUAUAAUAUUAAAAAAGGUAUCAACUUUACUUCCUUGUCCAGGAGUAGGAAUAGGAGAUGAAAAAAAGGCAGAACAUUGUGUUGGAUAUAUUUGGCGAAAAAACUGAUGGUGUACCCGGUCGUCCUAGUCGAAGGUGCGCAGAGUGCAAUAAAACACGAUGCUUGGUUAUUAGACGAAAACGAGAUACGGCUAAGAAUAAGUGCAAUGGCGAGAAAAAGACAAGAAACAUGCGUAAUAAAGUUAAAAAUUGGCUAAAAAAAUUAUGAGAUUCCGACGAAAGAUUACGGGAUUAAAGCAACGCAUUACUUCUUUACGAAAUAGAUGUGCUGCGGCUGAUGCAGACGUUGUUGAGGCGACAAUUUCAAAGUUGCCGGAAGCUCAAAAAAUGGCAGUGCGAGCUUGUUUUGCUGCAUCAAAUGUUAAAAGUAUGCAAGGCAUGAGGUACAAUAACCAGUGGAUUUUUGAAUGCCUUCUUUUAAGAAUUAAGAGUAGGCGUGCGUAUGAGCACAUUCGGAAACACAAAAUCCUUGUUUUGCCGUGCAAAAAAACCCUCGAUCGAUACAUUCAAAACAUGAAAGGCAUGUACGGGUUCCAAUAAAGUACAUUCGAUGUAUUGAAACAGAAGACUGCACACAUGGAAAUUACAGAAACGCACGGAGUGCUGCUUAUUGAUGAGAUGAAGCUGUCGCAGACAGUGUCUUUUAGCAGUGCAAGACUGGAGAUGCAAGGUUUCACGAACCUAGGAAAGUACACUCCUCUGCAUGACCGAAGAAAAAGAGGUGAUCACGCGCUCGUAGUAAUGUUUCCUUUCCGAGGAAAAUGGGUGCAGUCGCUAGCUUGUUUCCUAAGCAAAGGUUGUGCAUCAGGAACUGUGCUUCAUCAAAUUAUAAUGGAGUGCAUUAUACUUACGGAAAAGUCUGGAUUGCACGUGGAUGUGGUCACAACGGACGGAGCUACCUGGAAUAGAUCAAUGUGGGCUAAAUUCGGAAUAACAGCGGAUAAUGUCAGCUGCGAACACAUUGUGGACAAUUCUCGUAGACUCUGGUUCAUUUCCGAUUUUUCCCAUCUGAUUAAGUGUCUACGAAACUUUCUCAUUCAAUUCGCAGAAACAUGGUUUUUCGGAGCAGCAGACGCUAUGGAACUUUUUGAAUACGAGCCGGACCUACGUGAUUCGAAGCCAGCACAAUCCUUUUCCCGCAGAAUGAAACGUUUAAUUCAGGCUAUGAAUUGUCGAACACCGUAUGGUACUAUGAAACCAGGCAGUGAAUCUUGGAAAAUAGUAGAAGAUUUUAUUACGUACAUAGAGAAAUGGGAAAAUGAGGCUAAAAACAAUGGCUAUCAUUUCAUGUCGGACUCAACAUUCUACGGACUUAAGGUUUCACUGACAGCUACGUUGCAAAUUUGCAAAUAUCUCACUGAAGACGUGGGUUUUAAGUAUCUGAUGACAGCGAGGCUAAAUCAGGAUGCUUUAGAGCGCUUCUUCGGAAUGAUGCGAAGCUGCUGUGGGUGUAACGAUCAUCCAGAUUCCUCUUUAUUUAUACAAAUAUAUAGACUUGUAUCAACGUACUCAUUGGUGAAGCCGCCAAAAGGAAGCAAUAUCUCCGGCGGAGAGAUAUUAAACGUCUUAAUUAACAUCAAAGACCUUCCAAAUGCAAAUGACAGAAAAGCACAGUGGAAUGCUCAACUAGACACGAUAAUCGACAGAGGAAAUAAUAUGGAUAUUCUUCCUGAAGCAGUUUCUAUAUUACAAGAACACGACUAUUCUAGUUGCAGUACAUCUGAGUUCGUCUUGGCGUAUGUGGCUGGAUAUAUUGCUCGAAAAGCAACAAGAUUCGCAAUAUUUCAGAUCGAUGGUGUAACUGCAGUGUGUGAAAAUUGCAUACAAAGCACGCAAUUACCAUCCUCCGAAGAUAUGCCAGCGAGUUACAAACUCAUUGCAUUACAAUCAAGAGGAUCUCUUAUAUACCCCUCUGUAGCGUUGGUAUCAUUAAUAUCAGUCCUUGAAAAGGCUACUUUGGACACGCUGAAUCUUCAUAUUUUGAAUGCGGAAACUUUGUUUGAAGUCACUAAAGCCAUCGAAAGUAUUUCACCACUUCCAUUCGUUGGAUGUCCAGAGCACGAAAAGAAGUUAACUCAUGCAGUGUUACGAUUCUUCUUAACGACCCGUAUGCAAUUUAUUUGCAAACAAGCAAAUAAAAACACAAAUACAGAGAAUCUGCAGACUAAAGAAAGGAAGAAAGCGGCUAAGUUGACAUAUACAAAGGCAGGUUCUGAAACGCGGAAACGAAAAAUACUCCUAUCAACAGAAAACACAAAGCCAACAAGCCAACAUGAAAAUCGGAAAAAACAGAAAGUACAGGGAAAAUGUUAAUUGUUAACAAAUACUUUUACUUUUAUUUAACUUGUCUCUCAUUUCGUCUUUUUAUUCAACACGUACAAAAUAUACAAUUACAAUAGAUGCUGCUUUCAGAAAUACAGUCGCUUCUUAUUUUAAUUAACCGACAAUGGUUUCAAAUUAUUUACAAUUUUACUUCACGAUAUAAUGUAUAAUUUAAAAACAGUAAAUGAAUGUAGAGUAAUCUCUAUAUCCCUUAUAAAGUUAAGUUGUUGACAUCUUUCAGAAGAUUUAUUAAUUCUUUGACACAUCCAAUCUCUUUAUGUAUUUUGUCAAAGGAAAUGUUACACCGCCCAAGUAAACCGUCACUCUUAAAUCUAAAUGGACAGUCACUCUCUUCCGAAAUUCACAAGUUCGUUUAAUUUGACGAAAACGAAGAAAUUUGUCAUCUCCUGAACAGACCCAAUUUGUGCAGGGCAAUUUUACUGCUUCCUUGUGUUCCACUAGCCAUGUAAAGCUAAAUUUUUCUGUAGCACUUCGUACAGGAUUUGCCAUUAAUGGAUCAGAUAGAUCUGUAACUUUUCUGCAACAACAGAAAAUAGUGCAAUUAGCCAUAUAAACAGAGUAAUUGCUGGCACAUUUGUAGCAUUUUGGAGCAUUUCACAUUAUAGUGAUAAUACAUACAUGUAUUUCAUAGAAUGCGAUUAAUCUUAAAACAAUAAUAAUACUUUACGCAUAAUUGUUUUGUUUAGAUUUACAUAUUAAAUUACAAUAUAAAAGAUCCAGGUAUACUUUUCUCUUACCUCGAGUUGCUUAUUGAUGUGCACAUGAUUCUGUACGAAAAAUUCGCCAAUUAUUGCAUACAACGUAUAAAAUUAUAUGCCACAGUCAGAUAAUAUUAAAAUUGAUGCCGUCACGAUUCGCCUGACUUUUUUAACCGAAAGACGCUAUUCUUCGUUCCUGCAUUUAUCGAUUAUUUGCAGACAUUUGCAGAAUAGGUUAUAAGGUUAUAUUCGCAUAAUCGCAGAACCAAUAGAAAUGGUAGUAUUAACGUUUCAUGCGACGCGAGUGGCCAAAUCUCGAACUCGUUUUUACGACGGAAUUCGGGUCCACUUGUUUCACCCAAAGUUCGCUCUCCUUAUCCUACUUCAUGAAAGAAAUACUUAAAACGUUAAAACGACAUGCAAGCUUUUGUUUUCGUUUCUUAUUUAUAUCGUUAUCACCAUGGAUAUACAUAUAAUAUACAAGGUAUGUAGUAAAGCUUGAAUAAACGCUUAAGAACGGAUUUUCUGACCGAUUUUGAAACUUGUUUCUCA